AUGAUGUUUCCGCCUCAGGGUAUCCCUGAGGUCCCAGCUUCUGAUCUCCUGAGACCACGCAGUCAAAGGACUACAGGGGACUGGGCCAGACCGGAAAGGAAAGUGCGUAUUGGAGCUUGGAGGGAGCAAGAAGGCAGCGAGAAUGCAGAAUCAAUUGAUCUCAAACAGUUUUUCGACCUACAUUUCUCACAUAUAUAUUAUGUGUUCUUCGAAAACUUUGUGACUAUUGAAGUAGGUCUUAAACAAAAAGGUCACAAGUCUCAGAGAGAAGAAUUAGAUUCUAUUCUCUUUAUUUUUGAGAAAAUUUUGCAACUCCUUCCAGAAAGGAUUCAUCAGAGAUGGCAAUUUCAUAGUAUUGGGUUGAUUUUAAAGAAGCUUCUUCACACUGGAAAUUCAUUAAAGAUACGGCGAGAAGGCGUGCGUCUCUUUCUUUUGUGGCUGCAAGCACUUCAGAAUAACUGUAGUAAAGAACAAUUAUGGAUGUUUUCUUGCUUGAUUCCUGGAUUUUCAUCACCACAGUCUGAAUAUGGCCCACGAACACUAGAUAAUCUCAUUAACCCUCCACUUAAUGUUCAAGAAACUCAAGUGACUAUAGAGGAAAUCACUCCGCUUGUUGCUCCACAAUCAGGAGAUAAAGGACAAGAAGAUUUAACAAGCUAUUUCUUAGAAGCACUUUUGAAAUACAUGGUAAUUCAGGUUAAGAGUUUAGAAUGGAAGAACAAGGAAAACCAGGAGAAGGGAUUUUCAUUUUUAUUCUCAAAUUUUAAGAAAUACUACUUACCUUCUAUUUUCCCAAACAUCUGUAAGGAGACCAGCUUGUAUAACCCUAUACUUGAUAUACCGCAAAUGAGACCAAAGCCACACUAUGUAAUGGUUAAGAAAGAUGCUGAAACCAAUGAGGCAAUAUAUUGCACAAAGGAACCUUUUAUUAAGGCUCGUGUUAUUGUCGUUCGAUGGUUGGUGUCUUUCUGGCUUGAGCCAAAACCUCAUACAGGACCUCAUAUUCCUGGGAUGGAAGGUGAAAAUGUGCCAAAGAAUAUUCAGAGAGCAGCUGCUAGCAUGGCAUCAAGGGAGGACGGCAAAAAUGAUAGUACUGAUAAGCAGGAUAAAAAUGCAGAGCCAGAACAGUCUCAUUCUAAUACAAGUACUCUAACAGAGAGAGAACCAAGUUCUUCCAGCCUCUGCAGUAUUGAUGAAGAGCAUUUAACUGAUAUUGAAAUUGUCAGGAAAGUCUUUUCUUCUAAAAGGAGCAAUGUUAAUUUUCUAACUGAGAUUUUUCGACAGGCAUUUCUGUUGCCGAUAUGUGAAGCAGCUGCCAUGAGGAAAGUGGUAAAGGUGUAUCAGGAAUGGAUUCAGCAAGAAGACAAGCCUUUAUUUAUGAAAGAGCCUGAAGAAAUAAUGCAGUGCACAACUGUAGACUGUGAUGAAAGUGUUGUUGACCCCAGUUCAUCAGAGAAAACAAAAGAAAGAGAAGAGGAAAAAGGGAUGAACUCCAGUCAUGUUAGAAAUUCAAACUGGGCAAGAAAUGGCUGUUACGAAGAUACAUUGCAUAAAAUGUCCGAAAUUGAUACUGAAGAGCAAAAUGUCCGAGCUGGAGUGCAGUCAGUAUUGCAGGUUUUUAUAAUAAAUUCUUCAAAUAUAUUCUUUCUUGAACCUGCAAAUGAAAUUAAAGCUCUGCUGGAUGAACACACUGAUAUGUGUAAACGCAUUCUUAAUAUCUACCGUCACAUGGUAGUCCAAGUGACAAUGGACAAGAAGACAUGGGAACAGAUGCUACUUGUGCUGCUCAGGGUUACUGAAUCUGUGCUGAAAAUACCACCCCAAACUUUCUUGCAGUAUCAAGGCAGAAAAAACUCCACUUUAGCUGGAAGACUUGCAGGACCUCUUUUCCAGACUCUUAUAGUAGCUUGGAUCAAAGCGAAUCUAAACGUGUACAUCUCUCGAGAACUUUGGGAUGACUUGCUGUCUGUAAUGUCAUCGCUGACAUAUUGGGAAGAGCUGGCCACUGAGUGGUCACUGACAAUGGAGACACUAACUAAAGUAUUAGCUAGAAACUUAUAUAGCCUGGACCUCAGUGACCUGCCGUUGGAUAAAUUAAGUGAGCAGAAACAGAAGAAACACAAAGGCAAAGGAGUUGGGCAUGAGUUCCCCAAAUCUUCUGUUGAUAAGUCCUUUUCUAGAGGCUGGAGCCGUGAUCAGCCUGGACAAGCACCAAUGAGACAACGCAGUGCUACAACCACUGGCUCGCCAGGAACAGAAAAGGCAAGAAGUAUUGUACGGCAGAAAACAGUUGCCAUGAGAAGCCGAUCCAUUGGUGAAUGUGCUCUGCCAUCGGCCUAUAUACGCAGUGCUAAAAGUGCUCCUGUUCUGAUCCAUACUUCCAAACCCUUCUUGCCUGAUAUUGUUCUCACUCCCCUUUCUGAUGAGCUUUCAGACAUUGACGAUGCUCAAAUUCUUCCACGUCCACCUCGAGUCAGACAUUUUUCACAGAGUGAGGAUGCUCCAAGUGAAGUUUUUGGUGCAUUAAAUGAGGAACAGCCACUGCCACGAAGCAGCAGCACCUCUGACAUCCUGGAACCAUUCGCAGUUGAACGAUCCAAAGCUAAUAGAGAGGACAUGAGUCAAAAGCUGCACCCUAUUGAUAGUGAUAUUGGCAGCAGCAAUACAAAUGUUCCUGACCUCAUGGAUGAAUUUAUAGCCGAGAGACUCCGCAGUGGUAGUGCACUGAAUGUGACAAGAAGAGGAAGCAGUCCUGGCAGCCUGGAAGUUCCUAAAGACCUUCCUGAUAUACUGAACAAACAGAACCAAAUGCGUCCCAUAGACGACCCAGGCGUGCCUUCCGAGUGGACGUCACCUGCCAGCGCGGGCAGCAGUGACCUUAUCAGUUCAGAUAGCCACUCUGACUCGUUCAGCGCCUUCCAGUAUGAUGGCCGCAAAUUUGAAAAUUUCAGCUUUGGCACUGAGGCAGGGACGCCAGCUUCCACUGACGCUGAUGCAAUUUCAGGACAGCAACAGAGUGCCGAGGAGCAAGAAGUGGCCAGUCUAACUACACUCCACAUAGAUUCGGAAACAAGUAGUCUCAAUCAGCAACCAUUGUCUGCUGAAGCUGCAACUAUUACUGGCUCUGAAAGUGCUUCUCCAAUCCAAUCUGCUCUUGGAUCCCGAUCACAGACACCCUCUCCUGCCACUCUUCAUGCAGAUCAUAUUGAGCAGAAGGAUCUGCAGCUGGAUGAGAAGCUCCACCACUCUGUUUUACAGACGCCAGAUGACCUAGAGACUAGUGAAUUCCCCUCAGAAUGUUACAGCGUGAUGGCUGGGGGAACACUUACAGGAUGGCAUGCAGAUGUUGCUACUGUGAUGUGGAGACGAAUGUUGGGAAUUCUGGGAGAUGUUAACAGCAUCAUGGAUCCAGAGAUUCACGCUCAGGUUUUUGAUUACCUAUGUGAACUGUGGCAGAAUCUGGCCAAGAUAAGAGACAAUCUUGGUAUUUCAACAGAUAACCUAACUUCACCAUCUCCACCAGUUUUAAUUCCACCACUCAGAAUUCUAACGCCGUGGCUGUUCAAGGCAACAAUGCUGACUGAUAAAUACAAACAAGGGAAGCUACAUGCUUAUAAACUCAUUUGUAAGACAAUGAAGCGAAGACAAGAUGUUUCUCCAAACAGGGAUUUUUUAACUCAUUUCUACAAUAUAAUGCACUGUGGACUUCUUCAUGUUGAUCAAGAUAUUGUAAAUACAAUCAUCAAGCACUGCUCUCCUCAGUUCUUUUCACUUGGUUUGCCUGGUGCCACCAUGCUUAUUAUGGAUUUCAUUGUAGCAGCAGGAAGAGUGGCUGCUUCUUCUUUCCUCAAUGCACCAAGAGUGGAAGCGCAAGUUCUUUUAGGAUCUCUAGUCUGUUUUCCCAAUUUGUACCGUGAGCUACCAGCUCUUCACCCAAACAUUCCUGACAUUGCUGUGUCUCAGUUUACAGAUGUUAAGGAACUCAUAAUCAAAACAGUGUUAAGUUCAGCCAGAGAGGAGCCAUCUGGUCCUGCACGAUGUGUUGCUCUUUGCAGCCUUGGUAUUUGGAUCUGUGAGGAGCUGGUUCAUGAAUUGCAUCAUCCUCGGAUCAAGGAAGCACUGAAUGUGAUUUGUGUUUCUUUAAAGUUUCCAAAUAAAACAGUAGCCCAAGUUGCCUGCAGUAUGCUGAACAUGCUGAUACAUUAUGUACAUAGACUUCAAGUGUAUCAAGCUGACUCACCUUUAAGAAUUAUUCAAAUUCUGAUAGCAACUAUUACCCAUCUACUACCCAGUACAGAAGCUUCCUCUUAUGAACAGGACAAGAGGUUGGUGGUUUCUUUACUUCUGUGCUUAUUGGAUUGGAUAAUGGCCUUGCCUCUAAAGACCUUGCUGCAGCCUCUUCACACUGCAGGAGCAGAAAAUGAUAAGACUGAAAGAUCCGUUCUUAAUUGUAUAUAUAAGGUUCUGCAUGGAUGUGUCUAUGGGUCUCAGUGUUUUAGCAACCCGAAAUAUUUUCCUCUAAGCCUUUCUGAUUUGGCAUGUAUGGAUUACGAUCCUUUUAUGCAUUUAGAAAGCUUGAAGGAACCAGAACCACUGCAUUCUCCAGACUCCGAGAGGUCUUCUAAACUUCAGCCAGUCACUGAAGUGAAAACUCACAUGCAACAAGGAUUAAUUUCUGUUGCUGCUCGUACUGUGAUAACGCAUCUAGUCAACCACUUAGGCCACUAUCCUAUGAGCGGAGGUCCUGCUAUGCUAACCAGUCAAGUGUGUGAAAACAACGACAAUCCGUACAGUGAAAGUCCUGAACUUUCUCCUGAACUUUUUGAGAACCCAAACCUUCAAUUCUUUGUGUUAAACAAUACUUCCCUGGUGUCUUGCAUACAAAUCCAAGCAGAAGAUGACAUGCCUGGGGGAGGACUGUCUGCUGGACUUGCAUCUGCUAAUUCAAAUGUUAGAAUUAUAGUGCGUGAUCUAUCUGGCAAAUACUCAUGGGAUUCAGCCAUUUUGUAUGGACCAUCAUCUUUAUGUGGAUCUUCACAACAAACGUCUUUUGCACUUUCAUUAUCUCAGCAAGAUAAACCAGAAGAUGCUCUCUCAUCUUUCGAGCAUGUGGAGGAUAUAUCUGCGAGGGAUGGAAUUACACUCCAAGUGAAAAGGAAAUUUAGAGACACUGUACCAACGUGGGAUACUAUCAGGGAUGAGGAAGAUGCCCUUGAUGAGCUCCUGCAGUAUUUAGGUGUUACAAGCCCUGAAUGCUUACAAAGACUGAAACAGCAUACAGAAGAGAGGGAAUUUGUUGAAAAGCAUUUCAAUGAUUUAAAUAUGAAGGCUAUGGAGCAGGACGAGCCAACCUCACAAAAGCCCCAGUCAGCAUUUUAUUACUGCAGAUUACUUCUCAGUAUACUGGGAAUGAAUUCUUGGGAUAAAAGAAGGAGCUUUCAUCUCCUGAAGAAAAAUGAGAAGUUACUUCGAGAACUCAGAAAUUUGGACUCAAGACAAUGCCGAGAGACACACAAGAUUGCAGUGUUUUAUGUUGCUGAGGGACAAGAAGAUAAACACUCCAUUCUUACUAAUACUGGGGGAAGUCAAGCCUAUGAGGAUUUUGUAGCUGGUCUUGGCUGGGAGGUAAAUCUCACAAACCAUUGUGGCUUUAUGGGAGGACUGCAAAAAAACAAAAGCACUGGAUUGACCACUCCAUAUUUUGCUACCUCGACAGUAGAAGUAAUGUUCCAUGUGUCAACAAGAAUGCCUUCUGAUUCAGAUGACUCUUUAACAAAAAAGCUAAGACAUUUAGGAAAUGAUGAAGUGCACAUUGUCUGGUCAGAGCAUACUCGAGAUUAUAGAAGAGGAAUAAUUCCAACAGAAUUUGGUGAUGUUCUUAUAGUUAUCUAUCCCAUGAAAAACCAUAUGUUCAGUAUCCAGAUCAUGAAAAAGCCUGAGGUUCCGUUUUUUGGUCCACUCUUUGAUGGUGCUAUUGUGAAUGGAAAAAUUCUUCCUAUUAUGGUUCGAGCAACAGCUAUAAAUGCAAGCCGUGCAUUGAAAUCAUUAAUCCCAUUAUACCAAAACUUUUAUGAGGAGAGAGCACGAUACCUGCAAACAAUUGUUCAACAUCAUCUGGAGCCUACGACUUUCGAGGAUUUUGCUGCUCAGGUUUUCUGUCCAGCACCUUACCACCAUUUGCCCUCAGAUGCAGGCUUCUGCCCAGAGACUCAGCCGGGAGAAGCUCCAGCAGCAGCACCAGCACAGGUGGAUGGAACAGACUUAGCCUCUCCAAUGUCUCCUCGGACUAGCAAGAGCCGCAUGUCCAUGAAACUGCGCCGCUCCUCGGGCUCGGCCAACAAGUCCUAA